UAAUGCUUAGAGAUUUUAGAUAGGCAGAAAAGAAAGAUCCUUUUCAUGUUGUUAAAGAAUACGUUGUGAGGAUAGAUAAAGGGUCAGUGAUCAAACAGAACUUCAAAAUAGUAAAAAAGGAAGUAACUUUGAAGUGUAAAUCAAGGUUUAUUAUACUAAUCUUCCUCAAAUUAGAACAUCACUGUUCAGCGCACAUCCAAGGAUUUUGGCAAGUUUCAAAUCCACUUUUUGGUUUUCUUUUUCUUUUUUUAAUAACUUUAUGUUGUGGAAAUUCUUGCCAGUAUAUUACCAUUGUGUAUGCACGUUCUUUAAAGUAGGUUUUAUUCAUAUUCUCAUUCCUCUGCAAACCCAUAGGCCCUGUUUCUCUUCGUUUAUCCGAUCAUUGGGGAGCAAUUUAAGUUUCAUUUAUUCAGCAUUCUUGCUUGUCUCUCGAGCUCUUCCAUUCACGUGAAAUUCAGACAUUCUUUUGUCGUCUUAUGCAUUUCAGUUGUCUGUAUUUGGGAUUCUCCAAGAUGGGUUUCUUUUUUUUAACCCAAUUGAUUGAUUGCUUCCAACCGAUGGUUACUUGGGGAAGAUAAUUUUGUAGCUUACUUUCUAUUUAUGGGGGAGGUGGGGGAGCUUCUGGGGAUUAUGCAGAUUGCUUUGAUGGCUCUUAAUGUAACCUAGAUUUUGUUUGUUAAUGAUGAUUUGGGAACUAUGAUAUGAUUUGGGUUUGUUGGGGUUGAAGAAGUUUACAAGAAAGAAGAUGGUGUUUUGCCUGUUUAUUCUGGUGGGUUUGUUUUGAAAGCUCAUAAACUUUGAUCUUUCUGUAUAAUGGAGUCGUGGAACUAUGGUUCUCAAGGGAAGGGAUUUCUGUCUGAUGAGAUGAAUUCAUCUACUAAUUCACCUCUGAGAAGUAAAUAUUCUUUGUUGGGUUGGGAAUUCAAGAACCCAUGUAGUUUUGGGGACAACAUGCUUCUUUCAAGUGGUGAUCAGCAUGUGGAGAAUCAGAGCUUUGGGGAACUGGAAUUUCCCCAAAUGGUUGGAAAACAAUUACCUGAUGAUUCUGUCAGUGAUGUCUUGAAUACUAAAAUUGCUGGAGGUAGAAACUUGAAUCUGGUUUUGCCCACUUCUCAUCCACUUCAUGGAGAAGAGGAGUCCACUUCAAAGUUCUCUGGCUCCAUCGCAGACUCUAACAAUCGAGAUUCAUCUCUUAUUGAUUUGAAGCUGGGCAGAUUUAUUGAUCAAGGGGAUGCUCACAGUUCUAAAUACUGCAAGAGAGCUGCAAUUUCAUCUUCCACUGAAUCAUCAACUUCUCAGAAGAAAAUGCGAUCUCAAGGGGUGAAUUUCCAGACAGCGUUUUGCCAAGUCUAUGGAUGUAACAAAGAUCUCAGCUCCUCUAAAGACUACCACAAGAGGCAUAAAGUUUGUGAGGUUCAUUCAAAGACUGCCAAAGUUAUUGUGAAUGGCAUUGAACAGAGGUUUUGUCAGCAAUGCAGCAGGUUUCAUUUGCUUGUUGAAUUUGAUGAUGGUAAACGCAGCUGUCGUAAACGGCUUGCAGGUCACAAUGAACGAAGAAGAAAGCCUCAAGUCAGUUUUCAUUCAGGAAGGGCACAGAGGUUGCUUCAGCCAUAUAAUGGUAUUGGAGACAGCAGAUUUCAGGAGAAAGCGUUGACUGCAACUUCAUUUAUCUGCAAAGAUAUACUGUCCAGUGGUCUGUAUUAUCCAGAAAAGCUUGGAGAAAAUGAUUGGUGUAAGCGUAUAAAAGUUGAGGGCAAGAAUGAUUAUACUUCUAUUUCUGCAACUUCACUGGGCAACAGGCAUUUGAAUGUGAAAUCUCCCUUGCUUCCCUAUGAUUUUGAAGUACAGAUUCCUCCUUUUCAAGAAAAUGGAACUAGUACAGCACCUACAGUUAACAUGUUAAGUGAGACAACUUGCCAAUAUUCACAUAAUGUGGGAGGUCCCCAUAUUGAUACACAUCCUUUGUUCCACCAUGCUACCUUAUCAAGCGAAGACUUUGGAGUUUAUGAUGCAGCAUCAACCAUCCAAGGACUUUCUGGAAUUCCGGACUCUGGUUGUGCUCUCUCUCUUCUGUCAUCUCAAUCACAAAGUGCAUCAAACCAUCCAUCCUUAGUUCACAUUCCUCGUGCUUUCAUUAUGUCCGAGAGUCAAUCAAAUUACAGCAUGAGUGAACUCUCUGAAAAGCUCAUGGGAGUGAGCCCACAGGCUUCUUCAACUGGGAUUUCGAGUAAAUUUGCCUCGGGGAUGAGUGAAGCUCAAAUCGGUCCCAUACCGACGUGUGAAAGUUGUGAUCGUACUGUCACCUUUCAGAUUCCUGAUAGGGUUCUUCAUAGAUCAGGUUUGGCAAAUCCCAAAGCCAAUCUUUCCUAUGAACGCACUCCAACUAUUGACUUGCUACAACUCUCAUCACAACUCCAGCGAGUGGAACAUCAAAGGCACUCCAUGCAGGACUCUGCGUAGGAGAGACGUCAUGGAGGCUGGCGAGAAGUCAAAGCUUGAACCCAUCACCCCUAUGUCAAUGGUACAUUUUGUUAGCCAAGGAAAGAAUAAAUUGUUGUAUAAUCUUCCCAUCUAGUACCUCUAACCUUGUCUUCUUUCCUGAUUCUGCUGUUGUUUUUGUAAUACUAAUACCAAUGCUUUUAUCAUGGGACUAACUAGUCGAAUCCCGAAAAAUUUUUGUUGUCAAAUUUAGUUCAUAUGGUUAUUGUAGUCCUCAGAGAUCUACCCUUUGGUUAAGAUGCUACACUUGUGCUUAAUGUCUCAUUGCAUGUGCCUACGGUUGAAGGUUUUGUCCUUAGAAGUCCUUUCAUUGCUUUCAUCCAAUUCCUUUUGGAAAGUUUAUAUAUAUAUAUAUAUAUAUCAAGAAGCAAUCACUUUUAUUUGAAAGGGGAUCUGGGUAUGGCUGAAGUUUGUUAUCAACACUGGAUCUGGGUUAGGAUUUUCCUCUAUUUGAAAGGGGAAAAAUUGCUUCGAGUUGUUUCAACACUUAAACCAAACGAAAGGAAGCAAAGUAGGAAGCAAAGUAGAAUGGUGUGCAUAGUUUGAUUUGGUUUGGUUCAGUUUUGGGUAUAGAGAACAGAAGUAGGAUGGAUGGAAUGCAUGUCAAUUACUGGUGUGUUAAAUUUACUGACAAGAUAUAUAUUUGGCCCAUAUUUAGUCUCUA